AUGGAGAAGCACAUUUUCUUAUUGAUUCUUCUCUUUCUAGUUCAAUUUUCUGUAUCAUUUGCUAACUCAAAUGUGACAGACAAAGAAGCUUUACUAGCUUUCCAAAAUCUUAUUACAAGUCCUACUCAUUUUUUGGCCAACAAUUGGACCAACAAUACUUCUUUUUGCUCUUGGUUUGGUGUCAGUUGCAGUCCAAAAAGGCAAAGGGUUGUAGCCUUGGAUCUUUCUAGUUUGAAUCUUCGAGGUACAAUUUCCCCGUCUUUGGCUAAUUUGUCCUUUCUCAGAGAGCUUAAUCUUGGGAACAACAACUUUCAUGGCGCCAUCCCUUAUGGCAUUGGCCACUUGCCUCGCUUGCGAGUGAUUGAUAUUCAAAACAAUCAGCUCCAAGGAAGUAUUCCAACAAGCCUAUUUCAACACCAGAAAGUUCAAAAGAUUUCAUUGGCUUUCAAUAAACGCAGUGGUGAAAUGUGGAAUGGUUCAUGGUAUGUACCAGAACUCAAGGUCUUGUAUCUCACCAACAAUAGUCUCACAGGCAUAAUCCCGCCUUCUAUUGGAAAUUCCACAAAGUUGAGGAACUUCAGUUUGUACGGUAAUAGAAUCAAUGGCAACAUUCCGAAGGAGAUUGGUAAUCUUAGCCAACUUGCAGAGUUGUCCUUGGGAGAUAAUCAAUUAACAGGUUCCAUUCCUGCAACACUGUUUAAUAUCUCGUCGCUACUUAUUGCAUCUCUGAAAAUCAAUAACCUUUCUGGUCCUCUCUUGCUUGAUGAAGGGAAUAUUGUGUCAAAUCUGAAGCAUCUAAGUAUAUCUAAGAACCAAAUUUCUGGUAUCAUUCCUUCCAAUAUUUGCCAACUCAAAGAGCUCAAAGUGUUGUCCAUAUCUUUCAACAAGAUAACUGGAGAUAUACCCAAAAAUAUUGGUUGUUUAGCUAAGCUCGAGGUGUUCUAUAUCGGAGGUAACGCACUAAGUGGGACUUUUCCUGCUUCAUUGGGAAAUAUAUCUACUCUUGAAUAUCUGGAUUGUCCAAACAAUUGCAUAGGGGGGCAAGUUCCUCCAGAAUUAGAGAAGCUGUCAAAUUUGAGGCAAUUAAACCUUGGCCAGAAUUAUAAUAUUAUUGGUCAAAUUCCGAAGGCUAUUUUUAACAUGUCCUCUUUGGAAAUGAUUGCUUUCAAUCUCAACAACCUCUCGGGUAGAAUUCCAGCCACUACAGGUCUUCAUCUUCCGAACCUUGAAAGACUUUACUUGUCUAAAAAUCAUCUCGAAGGGGAAAUUCCUCCGCACAUCACAAAUGCUUCCAAACUUAAGACAUUGGAGCUAAAUAGUAACUUUUUCAGUGGCAGUAUUCCAACUAAUUUGGGAAAUCUUCGUGAGCUGCAACUGCUGCACCUAGAUCAUAAUCAACUUACCAAUGAACCAAGAGAGCAUGAGUUGCUAUUCUUCAGUUCUUUGGCGAACUGUAGGAUGUUGCGAGAUCUAGAUAUGAGUACCAAUAUGUUGAAUGGUACUCUGCUCAAUACUAUCGGAAAUCUUUCAUCUACUAUUGAAUUCUUUGCAAUAAUAGAUGCAUACAUCAAUGGCCCCAUCCCCACAGGUAUAGGCAACAUGAGCGGUCUAAUAUCUCUAAGCCUUCAUGGAAACAACUUGGUGGGAGGUUUCCCUUCUGAGAUUGGUAAGCUUAAACAACUACAAGGACUAUAUCUAAAUAACAAUAAAUUGCAGGGACAUAUUCCAGAGGUGGUAUGUCGUUUAUCUAAUUUGGUUCAAUUAGCUCUAGAUGAUAAUGAGCUCUUUGGGUUAAUUCCAGCAUGUAUAGGAAAUUUUAGCAUGCUACAAUAUCUUUCAUUGAGUUAUAACAAUUUUGCAUCAAAGCUUCCUUUGAGUCUUUGGAAGAUGAGUGGCCUUCUCCACCUAGACGUGUCACAAAAUUCUAUAGAGGGAGAAGUUCCACUGGAUAUUGGAGAACUGAAAGCAAUUGUAGAUCUAUAUCUUUCUAGUAACCGCCUUUCGGGCAUGAUACCAAACAGUUUGGGGGAACUCCAAACCCUGGAGUCUCUUGACCUGUCAAACAAUUCAUUUUCAGGCCAAAUUCCAUUAUCCUUUGCCAACUUGAUAAGCUUAGAAUUCAUGGAUUUGUCUUUAAAUGCCUUGGCAGGUACUAUUCCUAAGUCUUUGGAAAAACUCUUGUACCUUAAAGCCAUCAAUGUUUCAUUUAAUGAAUUAGAAGGUGUAAUACCUAGUGGUGGUGUGUUUGCAAAUUCCACUUUGCAAUCAUUUCUUGGUAACAAAGGCCUAUGUGGAAUGCACAUAUUGGAUGUUCCUGCUUGUGCUGUCACUAAUCUUGGACAUCAAUCAAAGUUUAAGAAGCUUGUGCUAAAAAUUGCUAUUCCAGUGGUUACUUCAUCCUUUCUAAUAUCCUUGUUUGCUUCAAUUUGGAUGAUGAAACGACAAAAGAAGGGAAAUUCCAAAGACGUGGAAAAGGUACCGGAGGUCAAGACACAUCAAUUAGUAUCUUAUCACGAGAUUCAAAGAGCUACAAAUUAUUUUGAUGGAUCAAACUUAAUUGCUGUGGGAGGUUCUGGCUCUGUGUACAAAGGUACAUUAUCUAGCGGAGUUGUGGUUGCAAUAAAGGUUCUAGAUUUGCAAAAUGAGGAAGUAUGCAAGAGGUUUGAUACUGAAUGUGAAGUGAUGAGAAAUGUUAGGCACAGAAAUCUUGUAUCGGUGAUUACUACUUGCUCUAGCGAAUACAUUAGAGCUUUUGUCCUGCAGUAUAUGCCAAACGGGAGUCUUGAGAAUUGGUUGUACAAAGAAGAUUGCCACUUGAACCUUCUUCAAAGGGUUUCCAUAAUGUUUGAUGUGGCUGUGGCUGUUGAAUAUAUGCAUCACAGACAUCACACUCAUAUUGUUCAUUGCGAUCUAAAGCCAGCCAACGUUCUUUUGGAUGAAGAAAUGGUGGCACAUGUUGGUGAUUUUGGAAUUUCCAAAAUCUUAGCUGUAAGCAAGUCCAUGGCAUCUACCGAGACAUUGGGCACUCUCGGAUAUAUUGCACCAGAAUAUGGCUUGGAAGGAAUAGUGUCCACUAGUGGCGAUGUCUACAGCUAUGGUAUCAUGCUAAUGGAGGUUUUGGCAACAAGAAGACCAACUGAUGCAGAGAUAUUCAACGAAAAUCUUGGCUUGAGGGAGUGGAUAAGGCGAGCAUUUCCAAAAACUAUCAUAGAAGUUGUGGAUGCCAAUCUUUUUCCUGAGGAAGAACAAAUCACUUCUAAAAGUGAAAUCUGCAUAAUUUCCUUGAUAGAAUUGGCUUUAGAUUGCGCAAAGGAAAGGCCAGAGUCAAGGUUAACCAUGAAGGAUGUAGUCAAGAGGCUUAACAAAAUCAAGAACACAUUUUUGGAAAUAUGA